AUUAAAUCUUUUGAAACAUGUUUCUAAUUAUUUGUAGUUAUGUUGCGGUGUUUAAAUAUUGAUUUGCAUCAUGGUACGAGUAUGUAGUGCAAAUAAUUGUUCAAAUAAAUAUAGUACUGGGAUAAAGUUCAGGAGGUGCCCUUGUAUUCCUCAUCUGCGGCAACAAUAGUUAGAAAAAUUAAACAGAAGUACUAUGGGAAAUGAAUUUUGUCUUUGUGAGGAACAUUUCAGCAGAGAAGAUUUACAAACAAAUACUCGAAGCCUUAUUCCUACAAUUUUUGCAACUGCUCAAAUACUUGUAGGAAUGUCAAACCUUUGCAGGUCAAUAAUAAAACUUUUAAUCCUUUAGAAGAUCAUCCAGGACUACCAAAACAUCUACAGAAUAGGAACAAAAAGACAAGUAAUAAAGAGAAUGAAAAACUUUGCAUCAAAAGCGGACGUCCAAAAAAAGAAUGUAUACAUGAGACACAAUGUCCCAUAGCCUUAAGAAGACAGAUCGUUUCAUCUUUGGUUCCUCGACCAACUGCGAUAGAGUCCACUUCUCAAAGAAAUGUAUCUUCUAGCUAUAUGCAUUGUAAUAAUCAGUCGAGUCAUAAUGUAACACAUUGUGAUACGAAUAUGAAUGUGGACCUUACUGAAUGUAAAAUACCUUCCAGCAUUGUGCAAUACGAUAAUCAGUCGAGUCAUAAUAUAGAAGUAACAUCUUGUGAUACGAAUAUGAAUAGAGACCUUGACGAAUGUCAAGUACCUUCUAGCAUUAUGCACUGUGAUAAUCAGUCGAGUCAUAAGAUAGGAGUAACACAUUGUAGUGCAAAUAUGAAUGUGAUUCUUAGAGAAUGUAAGGUACCAUUGAUAGCAAGUAAGAUGAGUGAAAUCCAAACAACAACUGAUUUUAACCAAAGUAUUAAUAAUAAUAAUCAAAGUACAAAUAAUAAUACUGGUCUAAGUGCAAUAGCGGAACUACGGGACUUUAGUCAAAGUAAUAACAUUCAUACAUUGACAAACUCCAUAUAUGAAAAUGUUGAACAAUGUGGGAAAUCUAAAAGUAAUGUUAAUUCAAAGAGUAGCAUUGUGAUAAGUACCACAAGAUAUAGCAGAAAUUCGGAGUGUGAAUCUAUUAAUAACAAUAUAAUAUUGAGAAACAUGACUGGACCUGAUAAUUAUAUAAUAUUUGAUAAUACAAUACCUGAUAAUUCUACAAUACCUGAUAAUUCUAUAAUAGAAGGAAGUCCCAGUCCUAAUCCUAGUAUUGUAAACAGUUGUAUGACAUAUAAUACCAGUACCGUAGAAUGUAAAAAUUAUUUUAUUCAAAAUUGUCGGAAACCUAUGCUGAAACAAUCCAAAAUUCUAUCUAUUGAUAUUCAACCUACAUUGAAUCCAUCUUUGAAACUUGAUAGUAUUUUACAGCAAAACCGUGUCCUGAAAAGAAAAGUUGACAGUUUACAUAAAUUAGCUACAUAUUGGCAGAAAAAGUUAUCAUCUUUUAAGAACAAAUUGUCUUCUCGUUUUGGGGAGGAUCAGCUUAAUGCUCUAUGUUUGAGUUCGAGUCGCGGCAGUAAAUGGACAAAUAAGACAUUACAAAUCGCUUUACAGUUGCAUUUUGCAUCUGGCACGACUGGAUAUCAAUUACAGUCACAGCUACAAAUGCCUUUGCCGUCUGUUUGUCUUCUUCAAUCUAAACUUCAACAUGUACAGUUCUCGCCUGGAACCAAGUCAUACAUAGGUUGAUGUACUAUAUCAGGAGCAAAACCAAAAGUAACUUCACAGUUAAAGCUUCAAUAUCCUGAUCCUGAUACAAGAGAGAAAUGGCGGACUGAGGUAUCCCUAUCAAUGCUAAAGGAAAA